CCACUCUGAUGUGUCCUCAUGGUCUCUUGUCCAGCAGGACACCCAUCCUCACCACCCGUGGUGAACACUGUUUAUGGCAAAGUCCUGGGGAAGUAUGUCAGCUUAGAAGGAUUCACACAGCCUGUGGCCGUCUUCCUGGGAGUCCCCUUUGCCAAGCCUCCUCUUGGAUCCCUGAGGUUUGCUCCUCCACAGCCUGCAGAGCCCUGGAGCUUCGUGAAGAAUGCCACCUCCUACCCUCCUAUGUGCUCUCAAGACCCAGUGGCAGGGCAGAUAGUCAAUGACCUCCUAACCAACAGAAAAGAGAGCAUUCCUCUCCAGUUUUCUGAGGACUGUCUCUACCUUAACAUUUACACUCCUGCUGACUUGACAAAGAGCAGCAAGCUGCCGGUGAUGGUGUGGAUCCAUGGAGGUGGACUGGUGUUGGGUGGAGCAUCAACCUAUGAUGGCUUGGCCCUGUCUACUCAUGAAAAUGUGGUAGUGGUGGCCAUUCAAUACCGUCUGGGCAUCUGGGGGUUCCUCAGCACAGGCGAUGAACACAGCCAGGGGAACUGGGGUCACUUGGACCAGCUGGCUGCACUGCACUGGGUCCAGGACAACAUUGCCAACUUUGGAGGUGACCCAGGCUCUGUGACUAUCUUUGGAGAAUCAGCAGGAGGUGAAAGUGUCUCUGUUCUUGUGUUAUCUCCCUUGGCCAAGAACCUCUUCCACAGGGCUAUUUCUGAAAGUGGAGUGGCCCUCACUGCAGGCCUGGUCAAGAAGAACACCAGGCCCUUGGCUGAGAAAAUUGCUGUUAUGGCUGGUUGUAAAACCACCACCUCAGCUGCCAUGGUUCACUGCCUUCGCCAGAAGACAGAGGAGGAGCUCUUGGAGACCACACUGAAACUGAAUCUUUUUAAGCUGGAUUUGCAUGGAGACUCCAGAGAGAGCUAUCCCUUCGUUCCCACUGUGCUUGAUGGAGUGUUGCUGCCAAAGAUGCCUGAAGAGAUCCUGGCUGAGAAGAGCUUCAACACUGUGCCCUACAUCGUGGGGAUCAACAAACAAGAGUUUGGCUGGAUUCUGCCAAUGAUGAUGAACUAUCCACCCUCUGAAGUGACAUUGGACCAGAAGACGGCUAUAUCACUCUUACAGAAGUCCUCUUUUAUUCUUGACCUCCCGGAGGAUAAGAUUCCAUUUGUCAUUGAGAAGUAUUUAAGAGAUACAGAUGACCCAGGCAGAAAUAAAGAACAGCUUCUGGAGCUGAUUGGAGAUGCGGUAUUUGGUGUCCCAUCUGUGAUUGUGGCUCGUGGACACAGAGAUGCUGGUGCCCCCACCUACAUGUACGAAUUUCAAUAUCACCCAAGCUUCUCAUCAGAAUUGAAACCCAAGACAGUGAGUGGAGACCAUGGGGAUGAAGUCUACUCCGUCUUCGGUGCCCCGAUUUUAAGAGGUGGCACCUCAGAGGAGGAGAUCAAUCUCAGCAAGAUGGUGAUGAAAUUCUGGGCCAACUUCGCUCGGAAUGGGAACCCCAAUGGGAAGGGGCUGCCCCAUUGGCCAGAGUAUGACCAGAAGGAAGGGUACCUGCAGAUUGGAGCCACCACCCAACAAGCCCAGAGACUAAAAGAUAAGGAUGUGGCUUUUUGGACUGAGCUCCUGGCCAAGAAGCCGCCAUUGACAGGACACACUGAGCUGUGAGUGGAAGGCUCUGCCAGCCUCAGAAGACCAAGGGAGCCCAAACGAGGCUACUCCACAGAAGAUUGUUUUGACUAACAAGUUAUUGGGGAGACUAGGGAAUUGUGAGGUGGGAGUGGGCAGAGGCCGAGGAGAGAGACUAUUUGUACACGUGGACUCAAUUUGGGAAAUAAAUAUUGGUUUGUAAAUCAAA